AUGGCGCCCCCAACCCUCUUUACACUAUUAUCCGUUUUCUGUAUACUGGUGGCUGUGGUAGCUGCUGGUAAAGACUUCUACAAAGUCCUUGAUGUGGACAGAGGCGCUGGCGAUGCGACCAUCAAGAAGGCAUACAAGAAGUUGAGCAAAAAAUAUCAUCCUGACAAGAACAACACCCCAGAGGCCAAAGAUAAAUUCGUAGAGAUAUCCCGAGCAUACGAGGUCCUAUCAGACUCUGAGAAACGGGCCAUCUACGACCGCCACGGCGAGGAUGGACUGAAACAGCAUGAAGCCGGGAAGAAUGCACCUGAUCCAUUUAGCAUGUUUUCUAAUUUCUUUGGCGGCGGACAUCACGAACAGUCUCGAAAGGGGCCGACUAUGCUUACGGAGUUUGAAGUUAGCUUGGCCGACAUGUAUUCUGGGAAUCAUGUUGAGUUUAGGAUAAAGAAGCGUAUACUGUGCGACCAUUGCCGCGGCUCAGGUGCAGCAAGCGACAAGGACAUCCAUACAUGCGGAGGGUGCAAGGGCCAGGGAAUCAAACUCGUCAAGCAACAGGUCUUCCCAGGAAUGUAUGCACAAACACAAGUAACGUGUAACGAGUGUGGCGGGCGAGGAAAGGUGAUCAAGAAGUUGUGCCCGCAUUGUCAAGGCCAUAAAGUCAUGGACCACACUGCGGAGUACACGUUGGACGUUACUCCUGGCAUGCCUGAAGGACACGAGGUCGUAUUUGAAGGAGAGGGUGAUGAGAGUCCGGAGUAUGAGGCUGGAGAUAUUGUUUUGCGAGCGCUUCUUGGAUUCGAACGUAAUGUCACGCAUCUCGAUGGACACAUUGUUACUCUAAAGAGGAAUGGCACAACACAACCUGGUCACGUCCAAACAGUAGAAGGCGAAGGGAUGCCUAUAUUUGAAGGAUCAGGUCACGGAGACCUAUUUGUCACAUACAACGUCGUGUUACCAACGUCUUUAAACGACACGUUAAAACAACAACUAUACGAAGCUUUUACUGGCCCAACAGCGAGCGCGAGUUCCGAUGAAGAUGAGAAAGAAAAAAGGGAAACGGAACCAGAAGACGAUCCCAAGGAAAACGAAGGAGAGCAAUCCGAAGAAAAGAGCGAGCAGCCUAAGGAAGCUGAUGACGAGCGGCCUAAAGAAGUAGAUGACGAACCGUCCAAGGGAGAAAAGGAUGAACUGUAG